UGAAUAACAAUAACAGCUGUUCGAAAACUUUGAAAAGCCAAAUUUUGGAUCUUGUAAUCAAUUUUCUUUUACGCCUGAAGAGGCCUUUUUCCUUUCCACUGACUGACACAAUCUCGAAAUCACAAUGGUUAUUGGAGCCUUCCCAGCAGCCAAGUUGGGUGUGUUGGCUAUCAAACAAGUUAGUAAACCCAUAGCAAACAUUAUCAAAUCCAAAGCCAAGGAACAUCCAUUAUUUCGUAACUAUAUUUGCAUGCCCCCGGCUCAACUGUAUAACUGGGUAGAGGUUAAAACCAAAAUGUGGGCUUUAAAUCUGGGGAAGCCGGUUAAUGUACCACCUUUAACAGAGGCUAUGGCUGUAGAAUUGGGUGCUAAUCUGCUGGGAGAAUUCAUAAUAUUUGCCAUAGGUGCCGGUCUGCUGAUUUUUGAAUACGCCAGACAAACAAGUAACGAGGCUAAGAAACAAGAGAAAAUGACUCUGGAAAAGCUGGAGUUAACAAAUAAUUUAGCCGAAAUGACAUUCCGUCUGGAACGUCAAGAUGCCCAGCUGAGGGAAUUGACGAGAGUAUUGGCUGAUAUAGAGUCACGCUCCAUUUUUAGAUGGACACGCGAAAGGUUGGGCGAAUACCAACCCUUCAAUCCCGACAAUCCUGAUCAAUCAUCUCACAAAACAAAUCACGCCAAAUCAUCUUAUAAUGCAGAAGGAGGUUUGGUCAUGAGAGCUUUACAUUUCCUAGAAACCCAAGUGUUCAUCAAUACCCCCACAACAACUCACCACAAUCAGCCUGCAUCCAGUGAAGAAUCUGUCAUGAUUCGUUAUUCUUCUCCUCCUUCUACUAGUCAAAUGUCAAAUGCCUCACCAUCUACGUAUACCUUUGAUGAGUAUGUCACAGGCAAACAAAAUCGUCAGCCUUUGAAGCAGUGACUAUAUGAGAAUAUAAUGUUGGAAAAUGCCAUGGCUAAACUUAAAUAUGAUAUAAAUGUAGCUAAAGAUUAUCUAGAACCGGAAUAAAUACAAAGUUUUUGUUAUUGUUAAUCGCUUAAGGAUGAUUUUUUAAGUGUGCUCCCUAGAUGGGAACAGAAAAUUGUAUUUUUAUUGUAUCUGAUUAGCACAACAAUUAUUCCCUUACUCCAAAAACAUAAUUGUUAAAGUUUAAUUUUUUUUAAAUACACAUUCAUUCAUGAUCACA